GUCUCCCUCGAUGGAGCUUGCGGCGGUGUAACAGGGAAAACAUGCUCAGGCAGUACCUUCGGUUCUUGCUGCUCUGAGUACGGAUACUGUGGCAGUGGAGACCUCUACUGCACUGGUGCCUGUCAGCCAACAUUUGGUACAUGCGACACCACCCCGGCGAAGCGCUCGGCACCUAAGGGUAAUCUUCGCGCAGCACCUUUUGCAGCUGUGAAGCGCUCGACGGGUCAGAAGCAGAAUGAAAAACGUGCUAUUGGAGGCGCUGGUCCUGACUACACCUACCCGCCCAUCCCACGUACAACUAUCACGUCGACUGCGACACAGACUAUCACAUUCCUUCCAACUACAGGAGGUACGACCACACUCUCCAGUGUCGUCGUUAUCACAACAGUUUGGCCGCUACCUGGAAGCACUGCGACGACCACUACGACGGUACUAGUUCCUGUCACAACAGAGACAUUUCGAUCCACUCAAACAGUCUGCCCCACUUCUACAUAG